GCCGCGCAAAGAAAAGAUAGAGUGGUGUCUGUAAUUGUUGUUCGCGAGGAAAAGAAGAAAAGAAAAAAAAAGAAAGAAAGAGAACUGGGCAGCGUGAAAAAUGAUGAUGAGCGGCACAAACGCUAUGUAUGGAGGAGGCGUUUGUCCACAACAACCUCCAAUUGUGGAUUACUGCGGCGAUUCACAGCUGUUCUAUGGUGACGUUGGACAACAGCACUACGGUUUCACCACCGAUCCACAGCCGGCCGAGCCACCCAACAGCCACCUGCCUCACCAAAUCAUUAAUGAGGCAAACGGCUUGAGUUACACAAAUCUGGACGCUGGUCACUCAUACUCGCCACAGCGCCACCACCACCACCAGCCUUACUGUCCACAAUCCGCGAAUGGGCACUUUUACCGGCCACUGGACUACGAUGUCAAUGCGGACUCUGCCGGAUAUCAAACGUCGUAUCACCAUCACCCCUUGGAUCCUGGCAUGUCCGGCCUCAACCGCACCCGCAGCGGUGCGGCGUACGGUGGUGGUGUCGCCUACGAAGGAUACCCCGUCGACUCGCACCACAGCGUGAUCGGCAGCGAGUGUCAACAAAUCAAUGGUGUUGUGUCCGCCGGCUUUCAAAGGACACAAACGCCGCAACAUCAGCCGCACGCCGUGCCGCCUUUCAAGUGGAUGCAAGUCAAGAGGAGUGCACCUAAGCCAGUACCUAAACCAGAGUUCAACUAUAACAACGGGAGUACAACCUCGCCUCCUAAUUACACAGGCAGUUCUCCAACUUCACUUGCAAACGCAACCAAUGCCGGAGGUCCUGGAUCUGGCCGGACGAACUUCACGACCAAACAGCUGACAGAGCUCGAGAAAGAAUUCCACUUCCACAAGUACCUCACCAGAGCCAGGAGAAUAGAGAUCGCAACAGCUCUUCAGCUCAACGAGACGCAGGUCAAAAUUUGGUUCCAGAACCGAAGAAUGAAAAUGAAAAAGAGAAUGAAAGAAGGCCUCUACCCAGCAGACGUCGGUUCCACCAAAGAGAACAGUCCAACUUGUACCACUCCAACCUUACUCAACAGUCCACAAGCGGCAGGAAGCGGAGCAACUUCACCAUUGUCUUCAAAAGACGCUAAUCAGUGA